AUGAAGGGCUUCAGGCAGAGAGUUCACGAGCAGCUGUCCCGCGCGAAGGACUCGAAUAAGUCGUCGAAAAAGAAAGACUCGUCUUCUUCUGGUACGUUGUCUCCGGGGGCCUCCGCGAAUCUUGGUCAACCAGGGCAAACGUUAUCGCCGGCAGGCUCGAACCACGGUACUCCUACUUCGUCUACGACCGCCGUCAACGAAACAAAGUCGAAACCCACCAGCUCUCCCGACAAUGGAGCGGCUGCCGGAAUCACCUUGCACCAUAACGCUCCCGUUCUACCUAGUGGCGCACCCAGCCAGCAGCAUUAUGUCCAACAGCAACAGCAUUUAGGAGGGCAGAUGUCCAGCAAUGGUCCGGGUACGCCAACUCGGCAGGGUCUUCCCAUGGCCCCGAGUGUGGUUAUCAGCCCCAGUGCACCGCACAUUCCUCCACCCGGAGCACCAGAAACAAUGCCGGGCGACCUGCAGCCACCAAAGAUAGGGCAAAAGCCGCACCUUGUUGACAGAUUACAGACCCCCAAAGAUAUCACCGGACCUAGGCCUCCUCGGAGGCAGCACUCGUCACGCUUCGAUAUCUCGGACCAACGUCAGAGGGAACUGGAGAAGCUUCCCGGAUUUCAUGAAGUGCCCCCAAACCGACGACAAGACCUCUUUAUGCAGAAAAUCGACCAAUGCAACAUCAUAUUUGAUUUCAACGAUGCAGCUGGAGAUAUGAAAUCUAAAGAAAUCAAACGACUCGCUCUCCAUGAGUUGCUUGACUAUGUUGCCAACAAUCGGUCGGUCAUCACAGAACCCAUGUACCCCAAAGUGGUGGACAUGUUCAGUAAAAACCUGUUCCGACCAAUCCCCCCUCCUGUCAACCCGCAAGGAGAUGCGUUUGACCCGGAAGAGGAUGAGCCUGUGCUAGAGGUUGCAUGGCCUCAUAUUCAAGUUGUCUAUGAAUUCUUCCUUAGGUUCAUUGAGAGCCAAGAUUUCAGCACCAACAUCGCAAAAGCAUAUAUCGACCAUCAAUUUGUCCUACAGCUACUUGAACUAUUUGAUUCCGAAGAUCCCCGAGAGCGUGACUUUUUGAAAACGACACUGCAUCGCAUAUACGGAAAAUUCUUAAAUCUACGCUCAUAUAUCAGGCGCUCAAUCAAUAACGUCUUCUUCCAAUUCAUCUACGAAACUGAGCGCUUUAACGGUAUUGCUGAGUUAUUGGAGAUUCUUGGCUCAAUUAUCAACGGCUUUGCCUUGCCACUCAAGGAGGAGCACAAGCUAUUCUUGACGCGCGUUUUAUUGCCAAUGCAUAAAGUUAAGAGUUUGAGUAUGUACCAUCCACAGCUGGCAUACUGUAUUGUUCAGUUCCUAGAGAAGGAUGCCGCCUUGACAGAAGAGGUUGUCCUCGGCCUACUUCGCUACUGGCCCAAAGUGAACAGCACGAAAGAAGUCAUGUACCUAAACGAGGUCGAAGAUAUCUUCGAGGUUAUGGAACCUGCCGAGUUUGUGAAGGUUCAAGAGCCUCUGUUCCACCAGCUUGCAAAAUCGGUUGCCAGCCCUCACUUUCAAGUUGCGGAACGAGCACUGUACUUUUGGAAUAACGAGUACUUUUGUAAUUUGGUUGGCGACAAUGUGGAGGUCAUUCUCCCGAUCAUGUUUGCGCCUCUUUACGAGAAUUCCCAGGGCCACUGGAACAGAACAAUCCAUAGUAUGGUGUAUACCGCUAUGAAAAUGUUUAUGGAAAUCAAUCCACAGCUAUUCGAUGACUGCUCUCACGACUACCGAGAAUAUCAAAAUUCUGCCGAGGCACGAGAAAAGAGUCGUCAGGAGAAAUGGGAUCGACUGGCAGAAAUGGCAAAGGCCAGACGUGAGAAAGCUGAACACUCGGCAGCCGAAGGCUCCAAGCCUUCUGAUGCAGCCGGCGCAAAUGACGGCUUAGAUCCAUUAACCCAAGACAGCCAGCAGCGACUAAACGCGCUUAAACUGCAAGACGACACCCCUGCCAGUAAGGAACGGCGGAGAGAGGGUCAAAAUUCGAGGCGUCGCCGUGGAUCUAUCGAUGAUUCUCGUGGUAGUGGUGGCGGCGGCACGGCUGGGACAGGUCGGCGGAUCGUGGUGGGAGAAGCACGAAGGCGAGGAGAACGGCGAAGCUCGCUCGGUAGCAGAGACAGUACUGGACCUUCUCAUGCCUCCGUUACUCGUAGCAACUCAAUUAGCAAGAGCAUGCGGUCUGUCUGA